UACUUGCAUUUUCUAGAGUCUUGCCUGCUGUCCAGACUGUAAGCUAUUGUCCACAGCACAGCCUUCUCUCCGUAUUAUCUCCCUCUCAUCAUCCGCUCCUCCGGCAGGGCUUCAUCUCCACCAGAUCCGACCUAUUAAAUAACCUAUCCUCACUUGUUUGCUCACUGCAGUCAUCCUGGCAGUCAAUGUAUCCUCAGGCUAAGCCAAACAAGCUGAUCAGCCAGGCACCUCUGUACACACUACCCCCCACUAAGAGGCUAAUGGUCGGGAUGUAUAAUCCUUCUCAAAACAACCACAGAGAUGCUAAUUGUAUCUAGCUAUAAAUACAGGUUGACUCCUUGUCCUCUUUCUUCAUUUGUCUGUAGGCUACUUCUCUAAACCUGGAGCCGCCACCGCCUUUGUACUCCGGCUUCUCUGAAACAUUUGCCCAAACCGGCUACCAGGAAAGACUCCGUUACAUAAGAGAGGCGGCACAUAGAAGCUGCAAGUGUCGAUAAACUUGAAGCAUCUCUGAAAAGGCAGCGGACGCACAGAACUUUACGCACGGAUACACCACUUCAUGCGGCUUUUGAACGCGCCCCGACUACUUCGCUGAGCUACUGUGAAGCAACAAGGCGAGAUGUUCCCACUUCCGAUGUUCACACCGGACCAGGUGGCCCGGGUGUGCGAGAACCUGGAGGAGACCGGCGAUAUCGAGCGCCUCGGCCGGUUCCUCUGGUCCCUGCCUGCCGCUGUCCCUGGCUCCGCCGGAGAAGCGCUGAACCGACACGAGUCCGUGAUGCGAGCCAGAGCGCUGGUUGCCUUCCACGGAGGAAACUUUGAGGCUCUGUACCAGAUUCUCCAGAGCCACCGGUUUACACGAGAGUCGCACGCAAAGCUGCAGGACCUGUGGCUGGACGCGCACUACCGAGAGGCGGAGAGGCUUCGAGGGCGGCCGCUAGGCCCCGUGGAGAAGUACCGGAUACGCAAGAAGUUCCCGCUGCCCCGCACCAUCUGGGACGGCGAGCAGAAGACGCACUGCUUUAAGGAAAGAACUCGCAGUUUGCUGAGAGAGUGGUAUCUCCAGGAUCCCUACCCCAACCCGUCCAGGAAACGCCACUUGGCCCAGGCCACGGGACUCACGCCCACACAAGUUGGCAACUGGUUCAAGAACCGCCGCCAAAGAGACCGCGCCGCUUCAGCAAAGAACAGACUCCAGCAGGACUCUUCCCUCCUGCCCUCUGAAAGCUCACCUGACAGCUCACUUCAGGAGCGCCACCGUCACCCCCACCUGCUGCCUAACUCCCCUCGCCACCUGGGCAGCCCAGAGGCCAGCGACUGCAGCACAGAACCAGAGCGCAGAGGAACAGGAGCGUCCACCCCGGAGAUCUCCGUCAGCAGCGACAGCGAGUUCGAGUCUUGAGAUUAAAGGCAGACGCUCUGUUUCCUGUAGUCUGUCAUCACAUUCACACAUAUUUUAAAGACACUUGAACUGUGAGCGUGGCUGAGGUGUUCUCAGUGGGAGGAGGGCGAGGACGAGGCCACCUGUGGCUGUGACUGGACAAUGUGAAGGAAAGAUAUGCACUUAAAGAAGCGCCAUGGCACAUAACCUUGACUGUUAUACGUAUUAGUUUUGCGCUGACCGUGACUCAGCGCUGUAGAAGAGUAAACAUCCACAGCUACUUGUAGAUCAAACACUGCAUUUUCAACUCUCAGGAAAAAAAACAUCUUUAUAGAAAGAAUGCCAAUGGUGUUUAGGUAAUGUGAAUAUUAAUGUUUUACGUUUUUAGGUCAUUUUCUAAUAGUUUGUAUGGAAGCUUCAUACAUCUGUCUGGUUACUGUGAGCACACAAUGAUCAACGCCUUGAGUAGGCUGUUAUUGUAUAUCAAUAUGUUGACAUGCACAUUAACCCUCGUGUCGUCCUGUGGGUUACAUUGACCUGUUUUAAAGUUUGAAAAUGUGGGGAAAAAAAAUAUUUUCACAGUGAAACUUCUGAUGUUCACAUUUUCAACAUUAUGGGGAAAUCUUUUAACAUUUUUUGGUGGAAAAAAAGAAAUGAUAAAAAUGCAAAAUUCGCUGGAUUUUGGUUGAUUUUUAUGUGAAUGUUCUAAAAGAAAAUAUUAGAAGUUUUACUGAUAAAUCUGUAAUCACUUCACAUAUUUUAGGAUAUUUUGGAAGAUUUUUACUCAUUUUUAAAAAAAAAUGUAAAAUAAUUUUCUUGCCAAAUUUGGGGGAUUUUUUCAAAUAAAACUUUUAAGGGAAAUUUUUAAGGGAUUAUUGUAAUUUUCUUCCUGAAGGUUUUGCAAAUAUUCAGAAAUUUGGGGAAUUUUUUUUGCUGAAUUUUUGGAUUUUUUUCAGACAAGGAAACAACAUUUUUUGAUGCCUGUAAAUGAGGACAACAGGAGGGUUAAUAUUGUAAUCAUUUGAUUCAACUUUGGAAAGGGAUCCUCAGUUGCUUUAAUUGGCUCAUCCAGCUCAUAAAGUAUCUUAAACACAGGAUUUUGUCAUGUCAAUGCAAAGUCAUGCUUUAUCCAGUGUUAUCGUUUUCAGUGUUGAGAAUUUACUGCAAUGUUUUAUUCUUACACAACACAAAUGCAUGCCUAGUAGUGGUGGUUUACUUGUGCCACAAUCUUGCAAACAACCAUGUGAAUUAUUACCUCAACCUUCUUAUCCAAUGUAAUUAGAGUAUAAUGUGCAUGUAAACAUAGUGGCAAACAAAAUUAACACAUUUCACUGCCUUAAAAUGAAACUAAGGGCAUCACUCUUUUACAAUGCAAUGACAAGUAAUAAGCUUAGACUGUAUGUGAAUUAUAUUCAAUUAACAAUGCACACGUGCUGCUUAAAAUACAAACUAUUUUGUUAUUAGCUGUUUUACCUGUUCACUUCUCUUGUGGCUACUGAAGUCUGCUGAGCUGUUGUGAAUGCUCCUGAGCUGCUCUGACGAUGAAUUCCUGCAGGAGCUGACACAGAACAGAUGAAUCAGAAAGCAUGUCAUCGGUCUUAACUCAAUGUGCCUCUUACAUUUGAGAACAGUGAGACCUAGUCAGACGUGAUUAUGUCCUGUCUACGAGACACUCAAGGCCUACUGUUUGUUGUCUUUCUUACAAUCAUCAUUUCUCAUGACACAUUUAUGCAUUUCAAUGAAAAUGUGUAUUUUGUAAAUGCUUUAUGUAAAUAAAUGAACCUAUUUUUA